CUUAGAAAUGUGCUGCGCGUGCCUCGAGGUUCAUCCAUCGAUUGCGCAGCCAGCCAAGUCACUCCUUCUUUCGGUCCUUCCACUUCUCUCAUUAUGACCACGCUGAUAUGAGGACCGGCGCUCUUGUCAAACCUACGCAUAUUGCUUUGCUGUACUUCGUAGGGAUCUAGGCUACAGCCAUCUCUCGCCAUGGCCCAAGAUCCCCAGCCGCUCACUUUGCAGCAACGCAUUGCCGCAUUAAACGCUGCUCAUGUUGGUCGUAUUCCUGGUGAUCCUCUCCGACCCUCACCUUCCAUACCUACCAGGCGUCCCGUCGUUGUCAAACAGAAGACCUUCAACAACCCCCCGGAAAAUGUUAACGGCUCUGUCACCGACCGUACGAUUGGCAAUCAGCCGGCUCCUCCUCCUCCACCACCUGCCAGAAAACAACCUCCACCUCUACCGAGCAGGAACAAUUCGCUGGACGAACAGAGGAGAGGUUCUGUAGCCUCUACGACCUCGAGUGGUACAAACGACACAAAUCUCUACAAGGUAUCAACUACGCGGACCAAAUCCACAGAUUCUGCGAACCGGAUCAAAGCACCGGCAUGGGGUGACUGCGAACUGCCUCCUCUACCUGCCAGAGGUUCGCACCCACAACCUGUCACCAGAAAGUUCUCCGACGACAAGCCGAAAUAUGUCAACCGGGCACCUAGUUGCACGAGCGUCACCACACCGGCCUCUACUCGAGACGUGAAACCUGCUCCUCCACCAAGACCUUCCCUCCCACCCCGACUCCCUUCCCGAAAGAACGACACCGAGAACUGUGAAAAUGCUGCCGAGACACCCACUUACAAGCUGCCUCCCCUGCCGUCCGCAGACAUGAUCGAAAAGGCCAAAAAGGCAGCCCUCUCCUUCAACUCCCAGAAAGAGGUGGCACACGUAGAGGUGGUACCUGCUCAAGAGCCAACAAUUCUGCCUGCGAGAGGACACAUACCCCUUGCCGAACGGGACUUGGUGCCCCGAGAGGCAAAAGAGCCUCUUCCUAUGCCAGCGGGGAACGAGGCAGCCCGGUUACACACGCACUCUCACCCCGCUCCACCUCCUGUGCCACUCUCAUCACGGCCAGACUUGUCGGCUAUACAGGCCACGAAACCCAGAUUUGCUGCUGCCAGUACAUCUCCCGCCACUUCGUCAUCUAGCUGCCUUGUUUGUCGAGACUUUUCUGGUCCCGAUCACCAAGCCACUCUUUUCCCCAGGAAUCAGGUUGCAUCACUACAAACUCUAGCCCAUCAGCUAACCUCCCCAUUCCCUUCACCUACAGACAAAGCUCGGGCAAUCUUCACGUGGCUUCAUUACAAUGUCGCGUACGACGUGGUGGCUUUCUUCGGCAACAACGUGAAGCCCUCGACUCCACAGUCCACCUUGCAAAGUGGUCUGGCUGUGUGCGAGGGCUACGCAGCACUUUUCACCAAUAUAGCAACCUAUGCCGGCUUGGAGUCAGUAGUAAUCGGUGGUCAUGGCAAAGGAUACGGAUUCAGUGCCCUUGCUCCAGGAGCACCUCUUCCAUCUUACAAUGCAGGUCACGCGUGGAAUGCAGUCAAGGUUGACAAUGGAGAAUGGAAACUCAUCGAUUGCUGCUGGGGAGCAGGCUAUGUCCAAGGUGCUGGACGACCAUAUGUGGCCAAAUUCAAUCCAGAAUUCUUUUCGAUGACCAAUGAGCAAUUCGCCGUCAAACACUUUCCUGGUAACAAGGAUCAAUUCUUCCUUCCUGGCGGCCGCCGCAUGUCAUGGGAGGAAUAUAUUGUUAUUGAUCCGGCUUGUUGGCCGGAUGCAGUCGAAGGUCCGACGGUGUUCACAAAUGCAAAAGAGGACUACUCGAUUGGAGAGAAGACCUUCAGCCCUCGGGCGAGAAAAAUCGAUAUCCGAGAACAAGUCCUCCUCCGUUUCCAAUUCAGUCUCGUGUGCCCGCAUUGGACAUUGGAUCGACACACGCGAAAAGGUCCGCCCCCGGUAUUUAUUGUCUCCGUUGGCGGCGUUGAUGGCAGAAACAAAGAUCUCAUCCCACUGGAGUAUUACCCUGGACCCAGCGGCCAGGGCGGCGACACGUGGAUUGCGGAUAUUCCUGCUCAAGAGCUGGGUGCUCCAGGGCAGACGCUCACGUUAUUUGCGGUUAAGAGUUUUGGCGACAGACAGGACGCGCGAGGGUUGACUGUGCAGGAAUUCCUGACUGGCAAGGGACGAGUUGGUAUGGGUUUCGUCGGCGUCGCGGCUUGGGAUUUGGUCUGAUUUGAUUUUCGCUUUCUCGGAUUUCCGACAGCGCAUGGCGGCGCGUUAAUGGCAUCACUUCUGGCGCGGCGUUGAAGGACAUCUGGUCGCGCAGGUUUAGCGGGUCCAGACAAUAAUACCCGAUCCUAAGGAGGACAUGAUAGAGCGUAGGAUUGGGACAGGAACGGCCAAGGAUUAAUUCCUGCUUCUCGGUCGCAUGUAAUGAUUACGAUACCAGAGAUACCCAAAUGCAAUGAAUCAUCA